UUUCACUUAUUGUAUCAAUGUUUCAAUUUCACGAUAGUCUAGAAUCACAAUUGGAAAGUAUUUUUUAUUCUUGCGCAUUUUUCACAACUCUAAUUAAAGUGGCACUUUUAUCAUUAACACGUAAAACAUUUAUAGAAUCAAAUCAAAUGUUUUUAUCUGAAAUAUGUCAACCUUGUGAUGCUGAAGAAAUUGCUAUACUAGAAGAAUGUUCACGUGUAGGAAGGCGUAAUACACUUUUGUUUUUUCUCUUGGCACAAGUUAAUGGACUUAUUGUUUACUUGUCACCAUUGGCAUCAAAAAAUGUCCUUCCGUUACCAGCAUGGUUACCAUAUUCUCUUGAUUCUAGUAUUGCAUUUAUUUUUUCAUAUUUGCAUCAGUCAAUUAGUACAUUUAUGAUUGCGACACUUUCAGUAGCCAUGGAAAGUUUAGCUCUAACAAUUUGUUUACAAAUUUGUGGUCAACUUGAUAUUAUAAUUCAUCGUUUAAAUUUACUUCCCGAAUUGUGGAAAAAAAAUGAUGUCAAAUCAGAUCCUUAUGAACAAGAAAUAGAACUCAUUAAACGUUGCGUUAAACAUCAUCUUUAUGUUUAUACGUAA